AAAAAAAUCAUAUUAAAGUCGUUUAUUUCUUGAAUUACCCAUUACUGAGGUUGAAAGUUGAAAUUCAACAAUAUGAAUAUGUACAUUACUGGUAUAUUAUGUACUAUAUGUCUGAUCAUUUCACAAGGGUUUACGGCUACUACAAAUUUACCUGAAGAUCAGUUAAAUGAACGUAAUAUUAUAAACAAAUAUUUAAAGUUAAAGGGAAUCGAGAUUGAUAAGCACCCUGUGAAGAAAAUAAACAACACACACCCCAUUGAAACUGAUACUAAUAAACAUGAUGAAACCAUAAUGCCUUUGUGGAUUAUAAAAUAUGUCACAAUUCGAUUUCUUUUCUCAUUAUAUAUGGUUUAAUGUUGACAAUUGGAUGUAUAUUUAUAUUGGUUAAGUAGUGUAGUAACAAAAUGUUUCUUCAAAUAAUUGUCAUUGUGAAGCUUUGAUAUUUUUGGAUGUAAAUGUAGCACUCUAUAACACACCAUAGCGAAGCAGUGUCGUACAUCUUUGUUCAUACCGCUUACCCACAGAGGUUUGCAUUGUCCA